AUGAUCAAUAUUAACACAAAUCAACCUUUCUAUAAUCCAUCGGCUAUUCAAAUGCAACCGAAUUUUGCAUCCGGAACUGGCAUGUUUAUGAAUCAACCAAUAAAUAUGACAUCAAUGGCACCACCGAAGAAACCAAAAUCAUCUUCUACUUCUCGUAUACCAAGUCUUUUUUUACCUGCUAUUCUGUUAUUGGCUUUUACUUGGAUAUUACAUACACUAGCAACAUUUCUGCCAUAUUGGUCAACUUAUUCUCAAAUAUCUGGUUCUCGAGCAGGUCUUUGGAGUGCUCAAAAUUUUAAUUAUACGUCAAUACAAAAUUUUUAUUUUCCAGACCCGGAUACUUUUCAAAAUAUAACUGGAUCAAUUCGAUUUACUAGUGCAAAUACAAAAGGAUAUUUAGUAACCGUACAAUUUUUAAUGACAUUUAAUUUUUGUUUAAUGUUUAUUGUACUUGUUUUAUUAAUAGCUGAUUAUAUUUUAUCUCGAAACUCGACUGGUGAAUCUCGUAGUUUUCUUAUUCGUGAUUAUAAUACACAUGAUACAGUUAUAAGAUAUGGUCUUCUUCUUUAUAUUAUCUAUGUAUUUGGUGUAUUUGAAUUUGCAGCAUGGAUAACAUUUGUUGGCUCACGACAUGAUAAUAAUUGGAAUCUGAAUGUUUCAUUUGCAUUUGCUAUUAUUGUUAGUGUAUUUCUAAUAUUUAUUUUUAUAAUGUAUGUUAUUGAAUUUAUUAAAAGAUUUAAGAAAAAUCGUGUAACAUGGGCAUAUUGGUAUGGUCCAUAUAUAGAAUGGGGUUUUUUUGUAUAUCUUUCUGCAUUACUUUUGCUUCUUCUUGUCAUUUGUUGUCCAGAAUGGGCUUAUAAAAAAUAUUAUCCAUUAGAAGUGUUUGCUGAAAUUGGUCUUUUUAAACAAUGUUAUUUAUCAUCGAUAUAUAAAAAGAGUGCUACACAGGGUUAUUGUACAUUAUCCAACUCCCAAAGCAAUCAAUCAUGGGUUAAUGCAGCGCAAGCAUUUAUGUUAAUGGCUUAUAUUAUAGGCAUGAUUAUAUUGGUUGUAAUUGUUAUUUUUCGAAAAGAAUUUCGUCAUCAAGAAAAUGGUUAUUUUGUAGAACGUGUUAAACAACCAACAUUUACAUAUAUCAUUGCAGGACUUAUACUUUUCUUUUGUUUUAUUUUUUCAUUAAUUGGUGUGUCAGUAUUUGGUGGUGAAGUAUUUCGCUAUCCAAUAAAUGUUAAUUGGGCAUAUGUAGUUGCUGUAUUUGCUAUGGUACUUUUUCUUAUUACUGGUAUUCUAUUCAUUUUGGAUGGUGUUCAUAGCAAGAAACAAAUACCUAAAGUAAAUUCAUCACCGAUUAGAAAAUUUUUCUUGCCAGCACCUUUAAAUUAUCGUGUAUUAGAUAUUAAACCAGUACCAUUACCAGCUCCUGUUGGUAAAUCAAAAUCAAAAUCAAAAUCAAAAGUUAAACCACCAGAACCAUUACAAUUUACACACAUAGGUCCGUCAUCUUGGCAAUCAAUGUCACCAGUUACACCAGCAGGAUCAUUACAAUUUGGGCAAAUACCUCCGUCAUCUUGGCAAACAAUGUCACCAUACGAUUUUCAACAGCAAACAAUGUAUCCAACAUCAGAUUUUGCUAAUACGCCAUACAUUUCGCCACAAGAAAUGUCGAUGAUGUCACCAAAUUAUAAUAUGGAACAAUAUCCAUCAGCUCCACUCACUCAAGCAUUAUUAGUUGAAUAUUAUCGACAAAUGCAACAUAAUCCACAAUUAUCAUCAUUACCGUAUAAUGAAGGUUUUAUGAAUUAUUCAUAUGAUCCAUUGACUUUUUCAAAUGAUGGAAAUUAUCUUUCUGAUGAGGAUAGACUAAAUGAAAUGAUUGUUCAACACUCUUUGCAACAACAACGUUUAACUGAGAAUCAUGAUCGUUUACUUGAAAGAUACAGUGGUGCUAUGCCACCACGUAGAUCAGCAUUUGGUACAAGUACCUUACCUGGUCGAAAUUAUGAUGACUAUUUACAUAGAAUGUAUGGUAAUGAUUAUCAAAAUACAUCAGCUGCAAUGUCACGAGCAGGUAUUGGUUCAUCAGACGAAACAUAUCGAUGGAUGGGUGAUGAAUAUGAUGACACUUUUCCAAGAGAUGUUAGUGCAGUAAUGCAAUAUAAUCGAAAUGAAUCAAUGUCAUAUGUAUAUGCAGAAAAAGUUGAUCCUGUAAAAAUGUAUGAUCAUCCAAUGUUUAGAUCAACAUUAGCCUAUAUACGAUCAGUAUAUAAUAAAAUAAGAUAUUCAAAAAAAAAUAAUGAUGAAAAUGAAGUUAAAUCAAAUAAUGUUGAUCAUAAAGAACAAACUAAAACACAGCCAACAACUACUAUUGAUAAUAACAAUGAAAUAUCUGAUCAAGCUGCUUUAGAAUAUAAAUUGAAUAAAAAAUGGACAACAAAACAUGAAUAUCUUGCUCCUAUUAAUUCUCAUCUUUUUAAUAUAUAUAUUCAACGUUUAAAUGGAUCUAUUGAAAGUUAUGGUCAAUCAUUAUAUUUACCAUCUGCUCAUCGUAGUCGUGAUACACGAUCAAAUUAUGAUGAAGUCAUAUUCAUUGCACCUUUAUCAGAUACUGAUUUAGUCGGGGUUAAUGUGUCUAAUGAGACUUCUACUUUAUUGAAUAGCCGAUACGAUACGUUGAACUCACAAACAGUUUCUACCACCAUUUGA